GAGACACCUUCUGGUUGCCACAGUAGAGAGAGAGUUGUUGUUGUAGAGAGAGAGAGAGAGAGAGAGAGUGUUGUGGUUUUUGUUAAGUGGUCGGAGGGAGAGUUGUGUUUUUGUGAAGUGGUCUGAGAAGAAUGGAUGCAGAAAAGAUAAAGCAGCUGAAACUGUUCAUAGAGCAGUGUGAAACCAACCCAUCAAUUUUAAGCGACCCUUCGAUAUCCUUCUUUAAAGACUACUUGGAAAGCCUUGGAGCGAAGCUUCCUGCUUCAGCCUAUGCGCCACAUGAGAAACCCAAAUCUCCAAAAACCCAACUGUACGAUGAGAGUGAUGAUGAUAUGUCGGACAUUAAGGAGGAAACUGAUGCUCAGUCAACUAAUAAUAUCACAGAGGAUUAUUUCGACAGUGAUAUCUCUGAGUCUGAUAUCGAGUUUGAUGAUGAUAUUGUCGAGGCUGACAAUGAGCCCCCUCAAAAGAUGGGAGAUCCAACUGUUGAGGUUACGGAUGAAAAUCGUGAUGCUGCUCAAAUGGCCAAAGCGAAAGCCAUGGAGGGAAUUUCAGAAGGCAAAUUCGAAGAGGCUAUUGACCAUCUCACAGAGGCUAUCUUGUGCAACCCAACAUCGGCAAUCAUGUAUGCAACAAGAGCCAGUGUGUUUGUAAAGAUGAAAAAACCAAAUGCUGCCAUUCAAGAUGCUAAUGCAGCUUUGGAGAUUAAUCCUGAUUCUGCAAAAGGCUAUAAAUCUCGUGGCAUGGCAAGGGCUUUACUUGGCCAGUGGGAAGAUGCUGCCAAAGAUCUUCAUGUAGCAUCAAAAAUAGAUUUUGACGAGGAGAUUGCUUCUGUUCUUAAAAAGGUUGAACCCAAUGCACGCAAAAUCGAAGAACACAACAGAAAAUAUGAGCGCCUGCGCAAAGAGAGAGAAGAGAAAAGGAUUGCGAGGGAGAGACAACGCCACAAAGCUGAAGCUCAGGCUGAAUACGAAAGUGCUAAAAGGCAAGAACAUUCAACGGCUGGUAGAUCAUCUGGGGGCAUGCCUGCUGGUAUGCCAGGUUCUAUGCCUGGCGGUUUUCCUGGUGGUAUGCCUGGAGGUUCUCCUGGCAGUGCACCUGGGGGUAUACCUGGAAAUAUUGAUAUGGGCAAGAUCUUCAGUGACCCAGAGUUGAUGGCUGCUUUCAAAGACCCACAAAUUAUGGCAGAGAUCCUUGAUGUGAUGAAGAACCCUGCUAACAUUGCGAAGCACCAAAAUAACCCCAAGAUGGCUCCCAUCAUUGCCAAGCUCAUGACCAUGUUUGGUGGGGCCAAGUGAAGAGAGGGCAGAAGCAACAUACCAGGUUUGGCUGCAGAUAGAAUGGAUGGUGCAAAUUUCACCUCCUAGUGAAAGAAAAGGCGGGAACUGUUUUUGAUCGAAGUGAUCUUUACGUUGAAGAUGGGAAUUGUUUGACCCUGGAGUGUCCAUGUCAGCCCUGGUUCAAAAAAUUGUUAGGUCAACCUGGAACAAGUUUGUAGUCGGUGAAUACAUGUACCAUGGAUACCUGAUUCUUAGGAAGACAAAUAUUCAUAAUAGAAGAUUUCCUACUUUUAUGGUGAGAAUCCUUGCGUUUGGGAUAGUUAAGAGGGAGUACAAGAGAUAAACUUUCUAGCACCUAAGAGGAAAUAAAGAGUGACUCAUGGGUUCCUCUUGGGUCUUUCUAUAUAAAAGUAGUUACAGAGAAAAAUUAUAUAUGUGAAAAAUGGAGAUAGAAAAACGGUGAGAUUUUGGAGCCUUUUGGGUGUGUAUUCUAGAGGGGAAUCAUAUUGUGAUAGAGAGCUUGAAAAUCCUUACAUUCUCUGUUUUUGCAUGAUAUUUCUUGAUUAGAGGAAGAGAAGUUUGCUGGCUUGUGAACGUAGGCAAUCGUUGAAUCAUGCAAAUUUCUGUGUUUGCUCUUUUAAUUUGCAGCGCAAUUUUUUUUUUUCUUUUUAUUUUUGUCCAACCCUUAUUUGUAUCCUCUACAAUUGGUAUUAGAGCCGUAGUGUUUGAGAUCCUUGUUAGGCACAUGGUUUGUAGUAGAUUGAAGAUCUGUAAGCUGGCUGGAGGAAGUUCAACCAAAUAUGAAAUCAUAAAUUUGAUGGUUUAGAUUUCUCAAUCUCAAAGUUGAAAAUGCAAGCUAUGUCGGUGAAGGACGACUGUGCAGCGGCUUUGAAAGAUAAGAGAAAAGAGACAAGAAAAGGUUAAUAAAGAGGAAUUUUCCAAGUGUUAGAAGAAUAUGCAAAACUUGUUGGUAUGGAAUACACCCAUGAGAACAUGCAAGAUGACGGAAAAGACCAAGAAUCUGAAAUUGUCUAAGUGUUAGAAGAAUAUCUAAGUGGCGUUUAAUUGAGAAGAUUUGAAAUACCUAAAUGUGCUUUAUUAGGCUUAACGACAAUUUCUCGUCUUAUGUUUGCCUAAUAGAGAAAGGGUGAGCCAAUUUCUUAUCAUGAAGCAUGUAAAGUUGAUGAAGCCGAUCAAUAGAGAGCAUCCAUGAAGAGGAGAUGAAGUUCCUAGUGGAAAAUAAAACAUAGGACUUGCAAAUCAUUAGGGGGCAAAAGACAGUUGAUUGUAGGUGGGUCUUCAAAAAGAAAAGAUGCACAUCACAAAUGUUUGUGAAGGGUUAUGCUUAAAAGUCAUGUAUGAAUUUUGAUGAAAUUCUUUCUUUUUGUAUUCAUGACCACUAUU